AUGAGGGCCCUCGGUCGUUCGCUGUUCCAGGGCAGGAGCAAGGUGCUUGCGGCGCCGAACGUGAAACGACUCGCGAAGCUCUCCUGUCUGGACCUGCGCAAGCAGAUACAGGAUUCGGCCAGGAGGCACAUACGCAUGAGGGCAGUCUGGACAACGUACGUCCAAGAGGUGUGCAAGAGGGUCAAGAAUGAAGCCGCUGAGAAGGAUGGCGAAUCCGUCGACCGGUUCUCGCCCACCGACAUCUCGCUCAUCUUCGCCGCCUUCGCCAAAUCCGGAAAGCGUGACUCAAGCUUUAUCAGCUUGUUGCUGGAGGCGAUGCGGGACAAUGUCGACAAAUACGACAUCCGGGAUUUCGCCGUGCUGUACAACGGCCUUGCCAAGGUUGGCAUGCAGGCGGACGAGAUGAUAAACGGCUUCAACAGCAACAUCGAGUCGCGAAUAACCGCGAAAACGUCGGAGAAGGAUCUUGCCCUUCUACUUAACGCUUUGUUGGAGCUCAGGGUCCGAGAUGCCAACUCCAUAUUCGUCAAGGCGUCGCUGGCCAUAUCGUCAAAGAUAAAGUACAUCGCAAAUUGUCACACGCUGACUCUUCUGCUGCACUCCUACUCGAGGUUAAAGGGCUUUGCAACCGCAUCGGAUUCGCCGGCGCCUCCACCGGUGGAGGAGGUGGGACCACAUCGUUCAGCAGCUGAUGAUAGCACGUAUCAAGAUGACAAAGCAGUAGGAGGCAGUGAUACAGUGUCACAAGGACACGAUACCGCAAAUGAACCGGAGAAGGAGCAGUCGCCUGAAGCAACGUUGAUAACGGAGACGACGCUGUCGCUGCUGGGCAGAUGCGCCGACCUCAUGAUCCAGAUGCGACCCACCGACAUCAUGUACUACUACAAGUCGGCGCUGAACCUGAUAUACUCCAACUCCGACGGCGUCACGAGGCAGCUGUAUGCCUCUAUGGCCAAUAUGAACAAGGCGCAUAUCCGGAUCCGCGAGCACGUCCUCGAGUUCGAAGCCAGGGAGCUGGUAUCGCUCCUGCAGGCGUUGCAAAAUGCCCAGCGCCUAGCGGGCCUAGAGUCACCGUUGGACGGUGAUGGCGCAGUCUGGGUGGUGAACAACGAAAUCCGCAACCAGGCGCCCAUGCUGCAAGAGGAGAUCACCGACGAGCUGACCUACCGAACCAGGGUAAUGUCAUUCGCCGAAUGCCUCGGGUUCUUGAAGCUUAUGGACCCGGGAGACCAUCGGGGCGUGCUCGUCUGUCGACGAUUAACCUACAAGGUCAACAAGAUGAACGAGCUCAACAGCUGGGAGCGGUACUCCAAGACUGACCUGUGGGAUCUCAUACACAUUCUCGGCAGAAGAAGCGACGUAGCCACCAGCACAGAAGCACAGGAACUAAUGGUGGCUAUAACGAAAAACAUCACCGGGACGCUAAAACUGAGGGAGGUGGAUGCGAUGUGCCGGCUAGCGGCACGACUCGGCGCCAAAAGCAAUUCGCUUUUAAAGAAGGUAAACUCUGUGACAUGCCGCGCCGACUGCCUGCAACCAACGCAAGCCGCCUCCUUGGCGUACCACCUGACCGGACUAGGGUACAUCGAGCACAUCCAGCCCAUUCUGGCCGCCUGCCUACAAGUGGACAACGCCAAAGAUGCACUUCAUGUGCUGACGGCGCUGGCAAUCCUGAAGGUGAACCGCCUGGCGCAAAUUUCCGCGGAAUUAGUGGACACUAUGACAAGGCAGAUCGAGGUUGGCAAGGCAGAACUGCCUACCGACGAAUUGACUACAAACAAAAUCGCACUGCUCAGGGCAGCCGGCAUAGCUGAGCUGCACGGCGAGAGUACAAAAUACAGACUGUACCCGAGGCUGUUCUCGCCUGUGGACCACGUGGCACUGCGGAAUGUACGGUUCACGUCCAACAAGCUGAAGGUGGACAUCCAGCUGAUGACCCUCGAGCAGUGCACGGAAGAUAUCGCCAACAGCCUCGCGGAAUUCCUCGCGAAAUUCGACGAGAAGACUCGUUUACACAGGAACUACGAUGCUGGUGACAUGAUAGUGCCUAUCGUGAUUGAGUUGCCCGGGUCGACCAAGGUGGCCGUGCAAGUGCUAAUGAACGACUUCUACUCCGGCAGGCGCCAGAUGCUGCGCAACGACGUCUUCGCACAGAUGAGGCUAAUGGAGGACCGCGGAAUACGCACAGUUGGCUGCCGAGCUGACCACUAUCUGCAGGGCGACCGGACGCAGUUCAUCGCCAACCUCCUGGAACGCUGCCACAACGUGGCAAACUCGGAGACAAAAACGGCGAAAGGUGAGCUCCAAGAGCCACAAGCUAGGUUUGCCAAAGCGCACGCAGUCGACAUAAGCCCGCAACAGCCUAAGCUUGACAGCUUCUCCAGGUUCAGGCGGCUAGUUGCCGGCUGA